ACACGCAGAAGACUUACUCGGUAACAGCAGUUGGGAUUGCCUGCAUCAGUGAUGACGUAACAGAAAUGAAAAUCGACAAGAUUUCGGACAGUUUUGGGCUAACACGAAGUCAAAUCCACCGUGGAAAAGGCAGCAUAGACCUAUUGAUAGGAAUCGACCAUGCAUUUAUGCAUACCGGGGAGACGAGACAAACAAAAUGCUUGGUUGCAAGAAAUUCGCCGCUGGGAUGGGUAGUCUUUGGAUCUACACCUGGAGAGACCAAUCGAGUGAAUAAGAUAUUCUGCGUCAAGUUUUCCAAGCCCGUAGAUUUAACCGACUUCUGGACAACAGAGUCAAUGGGUGUAGAAGUAAAACCGUGUCUGUGCGAACCUGAGAAACUGAGUCAAGCUGAAAACGAAGAAAAGCUCGUUAUAGAAAAGUCGUGCAAGAAAGUUGGCAAUCAAUGGUUGAUACCUUACCCGUGGAAAAAAGACCCAAAACAAUUACCGGAUAACCGUUCUCAGGCAGUCAAGCGAUUGGAAUCCACCGAGCGUAGACUAAUGAAACAACCAGAGCAAGCUGCAGCCUACGACAAGCAAAUGAUGGAAAUGAACGAAAUGAACUUUUCUCGAAAGGUAACUGAAGAAGAGCUCAAAAAUUAUAAAGGUCCAGUACAUUAUGUUUCCCACCAUGCCAUCCUACGUCCCGAGAAGGCAAGUACCCCUCUCCGAAUUGUAUUCAAUUCAUCCGCCGUGUAUCAGGGACAUUCUCUAAAUGAUUAUUGGUUGAAAGGCCCAGAUCUCCUCAAUAGUUUAUUUGGAGUGAUACUCCGAUUUCGAGAGAAUGAAGUUGCGGUAUCUGGCGAUAUUUCCAAGAUGUACCAUCAGGUACUGAUACCACAAGAAGACCAACAUGUUCACCGUUUUCUCUGGCGAAACCUGGAUACCACCCGACCACCCGAUACCUACGUCAAGACAGUGCUUACCUUUGGAGAUAAGCCUGCUCCAGCUAUGGCUCAAAUCGCCCUACGUAAGACAGCACAAGAAGGAGAAAACGAGAGUAGACGUGCAGCUGAAGCAGUACGAGAUAAUAGUUACAUGGACGAUAUCUGCGACUCAGUCCAUUCAACUGAAGAUGCUCGAAAGUUAACCAGUGAAAUUGACAGCUUGUUGAAAAAGGGAGGAUUCAAGAUAAAGGAAUGGUUGUCCAACAAAGACCUCGACCCAAAUACCGAACAACAACAGCAUGUAAAACCCCUUCAACCAAGUUCAAACGACAAAGUGUUAGGUGUCGUCUGGAAUAGCGCCAAAGACGAGCUACGUUUUAUAACGAAAGUCGAGUGUGACCAGCCAAGCACGAAACGAAAUAUCCUCAGCCAGGUAGCGAAAGUUUAUGAUCCAAUCGGUUUUGCGACAGCGUUUCUAAUCCGAGCAAAAAUUGGAAUGCAAGAACUGUGGCAAAUGGGAGUCGACUGGGACGACGAAUUAUCACCGAACCUACAAGCAAAAUGGACAAAGUUCUUCGAAGAAUUGAAAACCCUGAAUGAAGUAUCCUUCCCGAGAGGUUUAUUUGCACUUGAUAGCAUUGGCCUGCCAAUUUUAUGUAUCUUCGCAGACGCAUCUGAAUAUGCUUUUGGGACGUGUGCCUAUUUCCGUUGGAAGAAAGAAGAUGGAACAUUCGAGAUCCGUUUUGUCGCUGCGAAAUCACGAGUCGCUCCGUUAAAGAAGCUUACAAUUCCACGAUUGGAGCUACAAGCUGCACUACUAGCAUCACGUCUGUCAACGAUAAUUCAGAAGGAGUCACGAUUGGAAUUUGAAGAAAUAAUCUAUUUCACUGACAGUAAAAUUGUCUUGGCAUGGAUACAAAGUACAUCUCGAGUUUACAAGCAGUUUGUUUCUUCAAGAGUUGGAGAAAUCCAGAGCAACAGUGAUCCCAAACAAUGGAGACACGUAUCCAGCGAGUCAAAUGUGGCUGAUGAUGUAUCUCGGGGGAUAGCAGUUCACGAGUUAAAUGAAAGAUGGCAGCACGGCCCAGAAUUUCUGCGUUUGCCCCGGGAGGAUUGGCCACAAGAUUUAUCGGAGGUUGACGAUAAAGAAGUAUCCAAAGAAGCCCGCAAGAUCGUCGGCACUGUGAAGACAUCCGAGAAUUGUAACCCAAUUGAACCCAAGAAAUAUUCGAGUUGGAGAAAGCUGAUCAGAGUUACCGGAUAUGUUUUAAAAUUCGUUCGAAAGAUUCGUAAGAAAAAAACUGAUGAAGCCCCCGAACAGUUAGUAAAUCCUGAUCCCAAAUACCUUAGUGCACAACAAUUGAAUGAAGCUGAAACAUACUUGAUAAAAGACGCACAGAAAGAUCUUCACAAUCGAAUUAAGAAAGGAGAGCUGACGACAUUAACUCCAUUUACAGAUUCUGAAGGAGUUAUCCGAGUCGGUGGAAGAGCAGACAAAGCUACAGUAUCCUACGAGACAAAACACCCCGCGUUGCUACCCUAUGCCAGUUGGAUAUCCCUCCUUAUUACCCGCCAGUCACACAGUUUUGGUCACAAUGGAGUCGCAACUACAGCAGCAAAAGUUCGACGAAAUUUCUGGAUCAUAAGAGGACAUGAUCUUGCAAAGUCUGUUAAACAUAAAUGUGUGUUUUGUAAAGAAAUGCAACCCAAAGCCGAAGUCCAAGUUAUGGCCGACCUACCCGAAUUACGAUUGGCCCCACACACCCCACCGUUCCACUUCACGUCAUGUGAUUAUUUUGGUCCCUACAAAGUAAAGAUCGGACGCAACAAGACUACAAAGCAUUACGGUGUAAUUUUCACAUGCCUCAACACACGAGCAGUGCACCUAGAGUUAGCAGUUGAUUGUACAACCAUGGAUUUUCUGCAAGUCUUAAGAAGAUUUUUUGCGAUGAGAGGUUAUCCGAAGUGCAUGCUCAGCGACAACGGUACACAACUAGUUGGAGCAGUAGCUGAGCUCCGAAAGAUGGUCAAAGGACUGGACGCAAAGAAAUUACGAGAAUUCUCAGCGGAAAAGGGAAUGGAAUGGAGAUUCAUAACCCCUGCAGCUCCACAACAGAAUGGUUGCGCAGAAGCGCUUGUAAAGAGCGUGAAGAUUGCUUUAAAAAAAGCAAUUGGUGAUUCAACGUUGACACCCUUCGAACUUUACACUUGCCUGCUUGAAGUCGCCAACCUAGUUAACCAGCGUCCAAUCGGAAGAAUCCCAAACGACCCAGACGACGGUGCAUACAUUUGCCCAAACGACAUUCUACUCGGAAGAGCCUCGCCACAAGUACCACAAGGUCCGUUUAAUGAAACUAAGAAUCCUCGUAAGCGUGUAGAAUUCGUGCAGAAGAUUAUUGAUUCGUUUUGGCGUCGCUGGACACGUGAUGUUUUCCCGUCUUUGUUUCCGCGAAAGAAAUGGAACACGACGACCC